AUGCCUGUCGGACACUCCUCGAAAAGACGACGAUUAAGUCCCCCCGGCGAUGAGAUCGUGAACCCCUCUCGUUCCUACCACGACGAAGAAUGGGAUGCCGAGCAAGACUACGAGCUCCGGCCGCGCAAACUGGGCAAGAAGGAAAAGGAACAAACCAGACUGCCAAUUAAGACGGAUGAAGGUCUGCAGAGGGUUGAGGAACCGGAGCAGGGGCCUGAAGAUUCGGACAGUUUUCUCGGGACCGACGAUGACGAGGACGAGGAUGGAGAAGGUCAAUGGGACGGCAUGAGCGAAGAUGAAGAGGAGGAAAAGGAGGAGGCUCCGAAAAUCCCAUUGAAGGUGCAGAUUGUGCAGGCUAAGGAGGAACUUGCGAAACUUGCGACUUUGAUCAAUGAAGACCCCGAAGAACACAUUGGUUCGUUCAAAACAAUGGCCGAAAUGGUGGAGAAGGGAUCGCACGUUACGAUCAAGAAGCUCGCGCUCGCGGCGCAGGUCGCGGUCUACAAGGACGUGAUUCCUGGCUACCGCAUUCGCGCGCUCGGUGAUGAGGACAACUCUACCAAGCUGUCGAAGGAAGUGCGCAAGAUUCGGAAGUUCGAGCAGACCCUUCUGAACGGAUACAAGAAUUUCGUGCAAACGCUGCAGGAACUUACGAGACCUACGAAGAAGGACCAGGAGGCGGUGGAUCCUACCUUGAAGAGUGUUGCGAUUACCUGCGCGUGCAAUCUGUUGCUUGCGGUGCCGCAUUUCAACUUCCGUAAUGAGUUGUUGAAGAUCAUUGUCAACCGUCUUGCGAAGAGACAGAUUGACGCGGAUUUCGACAAGUGCCGUGAGACUCUGGAGGAUGUAUUCCACAAGGAUGAAGACGGUAUUGUCUCUCUCGAGGCUGUCCGCCUGCUGUCGAAGAUGAUGAAGGCCAAGGAAUACCGCAUUCACGAUGUCGUUUUAGACACAUUUCUCCACCUGCGUCUCCUCUCUGAAUUCUCCUCCAAGGCAUCGAGGGAUCGAGUGGACAAACCCGAAAAUGAUGCCCCACAAGGGAAGAAGAAGCACAAAAAGGAAUUCCGCACGAAGCGCGAGCGCAAGGUCGAAAAGGAGCGCAAGGUCGUGGAGAAAGACAUGAAGGAAGCCGAUGCACUCGUCUCGCACGAAGCCAGAGAAAAGAACCAAGCAGAGACACUCAAACUAGUCUUUGGCAACUACUUCCGCAUCCUCAAACUCCGCAUCCCCUCCCUUAUGGGCCCUGUCCUAGAAGGUCUCGCCAAAUACGCGCACCUGAUCAACCAAGACUUCUUCGGCGACCUCCUCGAAGCCCUCAAAGACCUAAUCGGCCACGCAGACCGCUCCGAAGACGAGGGCCCCGAAAAUGAAGAACAAGAGAACCCAGACGAACCCCCCACCAAAGCCCGCGACUCCUACCGCGAAGCCCUACUCUGCACCGUCACAGCCUUCGCCCUCCUCUCAGGCCAAGACGCCAGCAAAGCUGCCGCCACCCUGCACCUCGACCUAAGCUUCUUCAUCAAACACCUCUACCGCUCCCUCUACACGUACUCCACAAACCCCGACAUCGAAUACAACCCCACCAAAUCCCUCCGCCUCCCAGACCCCGACUCCCACGAAGCAAACGCCGAAAACGACUCCCACCGCCGCUCAAAAAACAAAGUCAACUUCCAAACCCCCACCGUCCUCCUCCUCCGCUGUCUCCAGUCAACCCUCAUCUCCCGCGCCCACGGCAAUCCCCCGCCCAUCCGCCUGGCCAGUUUCACGAAGCGUCUUAUGACGACUUCGCUGCAGGUCCCUGAGAAGUCUGCGAUUGCGACGCUCGCGCUGCUGAAUCAAGUCACCAAGCAUAAUGCACGCAGGGUGUCGGCGCUGUGGCAUAGUGAGGAGAGGAAAGGGGAUGGGGUGUUUAAUCCGUUUGCGACGGAUAUUGAGGCGACGAACGUUUUUGCGGGGAAUGUUUGGGAGGGGGAGUUGUUGCGGUUGCAUUAUUGUCCGCAGGUUAGGGAUGCGGCGGUGGGGAUUGAAAAGAUGGUUAUGCAGAAGUAG